ACACGAUCAACCACCCCCAGGCAAAAGGAUCGCCAUCUUCAGCGUAGCCUCAAGUGAAGAUCGUUUUUGAGCGACAAAAGUUGUCUCGAAAAUGCAUUCUCGAUUCAAAUCUCUAUCUCGAACCCUAAUCAAUUCGAAUCUCCUUUCUUCAAUCUCAGUUCGAACCUUCUCUUCUCAAAUCCAACACCCUCAAACCCUAACCGAGCUCCGCCAUCGUCUCGCCGCCGAAUCACCUACCUUAAACGACUUCAUCCGUCUCCAAUCCGAUGAGGAGUAUUCAGUUGAGGUUGGUACGAAGAAGAAGCCCUUACCUAAGCCUAAAUGGAUGAAGGAAUCGAUCCCCGGUGGGGAAAAGUACACGCAUAUUAAAAAGAAGCUUAGGGAAUUGAAGCUUCAUACAGUUUGUGAAGAAGCCAAAUGUCCCAAUUUGGGAGAGUGUUGGUCCGGUGGAGAAACUGGUACUGCUACCGCUACAAUUAUGAUCCUCGGAGAUACUUGUACUAGAGGCUGCAGAUUCUGCAAUGUGAAGACUUCAAAGACCCCACCUCCUCCUGAUCCAAAUGAACCUUCAAAUGUUGCAGAGGCAAUUGCUUCAUGGGGUUUGGAGUAUGUUGUAAUUACCAGUGUUGAUCGUGAUGAUUUAUCUGAUCAAGGAAGUGGCCAUUUUGCUGAAACUGUUCAGAAGUUGAAGACAUUGAAACCUAGUAUGCUGAUAGAAGCCUUGGUUCCUGAUUUCCGAGGAGACGUGUCAUGUGUUGAGAAAGUUGCAAAAUCAGGACUUGAUGUAUUUGCUCAUAACAUUGAAACAGUGGAAGAGCUUCAAAGCUCUGUAAGAGAUCACAGGGCUAAUUUCAAGCAAUCUUUGGGUGUUUUAAUGGCAGCAAAAGAUUAUGCUCCACCAGGAACACUUACAAAAACAUCAGUAAUGUUGGGUUGUGGGGAAACACCAGAUCAAGUGGUGGCUACAAUGGAGAAAGUCAGAGCUGCAGGUGUUGAUGUCAUGACAUUUGGCCAAUACAUGCGUCCUUCAAAGCGCCACAUGGCAGUUUCUGAGUAUAUAACUCCCGAAGCUUUUGAGAAAUAUCGAUUACUUGGCAUGGAAAUGGGAUUUCGAUAUGUGGCAUCUGGUCCUAUGGUGAGGUCGUCAUACAAAGCAGGGGAGUUUUACAUCAAAUCAAUGAUAGAAAAAGAUCGUGCAGCAUCUGCAUAAUUAAUUAUAAUUACUUCUUACUUCAUCUCAUUAAUCAUAACUUUUGUCAUCUCUUAUUCGAUUGCUAUCAGUAAUUCAUACUACUGCUGUUACUUGUAUGCCUAAACCUAAUUCUUUGUAAUUAUGUUGUGUAAUUUCCAUUUACCUCUUUUAAGUCCAUUGCUGU